AUGGCGAAGAAAAAAAUUUGUAACAAAGGGUUGAUAAGCGAUUUACCUGAUCAUUGUUUAUGCCACGUACUUAGUUUUCUUUCUACCAAGGAUGCUAUCAGGACAAGUGUUUUGUCCAAAAGAUGGAGGAGUCUUUGGCAACUGGUUCUCGGAUUGGACUUAGACUCCCGUGACCUAGGUCUUGGUUUCUCUUCCAGCCGGUUCUCGAAUAUUGAUGAAUUUGUGAAACUCGUUGACAAGUUUUUUAAUCUCCACAUAGAGUCAUGGAUACACAAACUCCGGUUACAUAUUCGUACUUUUGGUUCUGUUGACUACACGUCUUAUCUCACCAAAUGGAUCGAUGCUGCGACUACGCGUAGAAUUCAACAUAUUGAUCUUCAUUGCGAACUCCUCUUCAAGGUUGCAGUGAAGGUACCUUUGAGCCUUUAUACCUCUAAAACACUGGUACACUUACGACUUGUUCGUGUCAACUUGGUUAGUGCCGAUUUUGUUUCCUUACCUUGUCUGAAGACCCUUCAUUUAGAGAUGGUUAGAUAUACUGAUGAGACAACGUUGGAGAAACUGAUUUCAUGCUCACCAGUUCUAGAAGAUUUAACCAUUAUCAAAUAUACUGAAGAUAACGGAAAGGUUAUACAAGUACGCUCUCAGACACUAAAGAGACUCGACAUCGAUCAGUGGUAUGAUCGACAAUAUGGAAUUGUGAUCGAUGCUCCUCUACUCCAGUUUUUGAGGAUUAUAGCUUACGAGAUAAAGAACAUUAAAAUCAUCAAUAUAGGUCUCACUGCCAAGGUAGAUAUUGACGCCAACGUGCUCAGUAUUUUGGAUCCAAACGACUUAACCAUCAGAAGCAUGAUACGCGAUUUCCUCAUCGGUAUUUCAAGGGUCAGGUGUCUAGUCACUAGUUAUGCUACUACCAAGGACAUCUUUCUUUACAUGAAACUGGAACCUCUGCCUCAGUUUUGUAACCUGUCCGAACUGAGUGUUAUAUGUUCUAUUUCUAAUCUGGAAAUGUUGUUAAAUCUUCUCAAGAGCUGCCCAAAACUAGAAUCUCUCCGCUUGAAACUGGUUGACUAUGAAAAAGGUAAAAAAGCAGAGGUGAUGUCUUCGACAGUGCCACCGUGUUUGGUAUCGUCGCUCAAGUUUGUUAAACUGCUCUUCGGAUAUGGAUGUGGAACAAAACUAAAGGUAGCAAAGUACUUCCUAGAAAAUUCAACAAUUCUUGAGAAAUUGACUCUGAAGAAUGAUUAUAAGGAGGAAAAUGUAAAGCACAUUCGCCAAACGCUUCAUGAAAUACCAAGAUGCUCUAGUACUUGUAAAGUUGUUCUUUAUAGUUAGUUAGGAAUUUUAUUGAACAGCCAAACAUG